GGACUUCCUCCUGUGGAUGUUGGCCAGAAAGACCCUCCCAACAGGACUCGGAUCCUGGGCUCUGUGAGACUACCGUGUGGCUUCCUCUGUCCCACCGGGCCUGUGAGAUUAUCUCCUAAACCCCAUCAGACUCCGAUCCAGCUCUUGAAUAACUUUGAAGACGCAGAUGUUUCAGAAUGUACAUUCUGGAAGCCAAUGGCUGCUUCAACCACUGACAAUUUUGCUGCUGUUUGCUCUUGCAGACAGGCAGACUGCCCACCUCCCGAAGGCUGUGGUGAAACUUGAGCCCCCAUGGAUCCAGGUGCUGAAGGAAGACAGUGUGACACUGAAGUGUGAAGGGACCCACAACCCGGGGAACUAUUCCACCCAGUGGCUCCACAAUGGGAAAUCUAUCUGGAGCCAGGUCCAGCCCAGCUACACGUUUAAAGCCUCAAACAAUGACAGCGGAGAAUACCAGUGCCAGAUGGGGCAGACCGGCCUCAGCGACCCUGUACAACUGGGAGUGAUUUCCGACUGGCUGUUGCUCCAGACCCCUCGAUUGGUGUUUGAGGAAGGGGAGACCAUCAUGUUGCGGUGCCAUAGUUGGAGGAACAAACUCAUGACCAAAGUCAUAUUCUACAAGAAUGGAAAAUCUGUAAGAUAUCAUCAUUCCUUUGGCAACUUCUCCAUCUCCAAGGCAAAUCACAGCCACAGUGGUGAUUAUUACUGCACAGCACGUUUAGGAAGGACACAGUACUCAUCAAAGCCUGUGACCAUCACUGUCCAAGGUUCAGCAACUACACCCGUUGUCUCUCUACUUUGGUACCAUGCAGCUUUCUGCCUAGUGAUGUGCCUCCUGUUUACAGUGGACACUGGCCUUUAUUUCUAUAUACAGAGAAAACUUCAAAUCCCAGCGGAGAAGUGGAGGAAAACCCUGUCAGUCAGAAAAUGUCAGGCUCCUCAGGACAAGUGACAUUGCAUUGUAUGGCAUAACUACAGUGGCAACAGCGUUUUUUUUUUUUGUUGUUGUUGUUUUGUUUUUUGUUUUUUGUUUUUUGUUUUGUUUUGUUUUUCAGCCACACUGUUGCUUCUCUUACAGUUUUCCUUGAAAGCAACAUAGAGCUAGGCCCAAUGUGUGGUCCUGUAAUUACAGCUACUUAGGAUGUUGCAGCAGGAGGAUCAGAAGUUCAAGGCCUGCCUAGGUGCCAGAGUGAGUAUAAGGCUAGAUUGGAUAACUAAGUAAGAUCCCAUUUCAAGAAAAGUAGGCUGGGUAGGGAGUGUGUAGGUGUGUGUUUAGAUGGCUCACCAGGAAAGGGCAACCACUGCUAACCCUGCCAUAAGAGCAGAGUUUGAGCCUUGAAACCCAGAUGACAGAAGAAGAGAACAAAUUCCUGAAAGUUGUCCUCUGACCUCCACACACCCACGAUGGCAGGUACACUUACUCUCUACAUGCACACACAAAAUAAGAGAAAUUUAAAUGUACUUUUUUUUUUUUUUUCAACAAGAAAGGGAGAAAAAAGAGGGCUGAGAAUUGGUGGCAGAGCUGUUACUCAGUUUACAUGAUGUCCUGAGUUUGACCUCCAGCAAUAAAACAAAAACCAAUCUGG